AUGCCGAGAGUGCGCAGAAUCUGCACCACCGCGCGCCGAUCUGAUGCGCAAGGAGCCGUGGCUUUGGUGUCGGCGGCUGCGGAGCGUCCCCUCCUGGGACCGAAGUUGAGGGCAGGGCGCUGCCGCUUCCCGGGAGAGGGCAGAACGGCAUCGAGCUGUUUGGUGGCCGCGGAGAGGAAGGCACCCAGCGUCCAGGGCUGGCUGGAGGCGUGGCAGUUGCGCCGUCGCUGCAGGGUGAUCGGCGGCGAGGCGAAGCGCCCUGGGACCAGAGCACGGGUGCUAGUGCUAGCAGCGCAGGGUGAGGAGUCCUGCCUGAGCGAGGGUCUCUGCAGGAUCGAGAGGCGCCCUGGGCAGGGGGAUGAGCCCGGCUCCACGCACGGCUGGGUCGGAGCCUCCAUGGGCGUCGCAGGCCCGUGCUCCCCGGCAGGCAUGGCAGCUAGCGCGGGUGCCUCGACAGACGCAGCCCCGGGGGCAGCGAUAUUCCGGGUCCUGGGCCCAUUCGCAGCAGCACAUGCCGCCACAGCAGCGAGCCCGGCCAGGUCAGCUUCCGCAGGUGCAGGGGCAGGAUCGGCAGCACCAAACUCCGCGGGUCCCGGGGUGACAGCUGUGGCCGGUGGGGUCGGGGCGGGCGUGGCCGAAUUGGCGGGAGCGGGCAGAUCGCGUCCCGCCUCCCCGUCGUGGGUGCGCGCGUGGGCCUGGAUUAAUUAAUCUUGAACAAUUUGAAUUUAGUUAGGCUUUUGCGAUAUUGAAUAGAAUUUCAUGAUGAUUUAUGUGGAUUCAGAUAACUUAUUAUGAUCUUGAGAAGAUGGUCAAAGAUAUUCGGUGGAUUUUAAGAUUUUAGGCCUAGUACAUGAGCAUGGUGACUAUUAUAUUGCACCCUCGAGAACCAAUUGAUGAUCGGGAUCGCAUGCAAUCGUUGUCUCACGUUGUAGUACGAGUACCGACCGACGACGACCAACAGUAUCCAAAUUGACCAACACCACCAACUCUUUACUGAUGCUGAUUAAUCCAGAUACUACGUACUACUCACUAGCUUGUCCCGAGAAAAGAAAUGCUGCUUAAAUUGAUUGUUUUCGAAAAUCCCAUAAAUUGACAGUUACAGUCCACUAAAAUGCCUUAAGAUAUUCAUUUUAACAUGUUCUGGGUAUCCCUCGUAGAUUCCAUGUUGAUUAAAUUUACCCAUUCUCUACAUACAAUUGGUAAUUCCUUGUUCACAUCUUUGUUAUACAAGCUCAUCAUGUUCUUGGAAGGGAAUUUCUUUUCAUUUUGGGUGCUUAACAUUUUGCAUGUUUGAUGGAUGUUUACUCCUUUUGUAUAAUAUGGUUACCUGAAUCUCCCGUACUAGACUACCAGUGGUGUAGAUUUUUGAUAUUGAGGUUCAGAAAAUUAACUUUGGUUAGCUACCUUAUGGAGGGUUGUUUUUGGAGGAAAAGAAGACAAAGAUCGACGGAUCACCGCAUACAGCCUGCUAGAUAGCACAGCUGGGACAAAUCUGAUGAUGAACAUCACUAUUUUCCUGAGAAGAUGUGCUUGUCCAGGAUCCAGCAUGUUGAACCGAAAAAAGAUGGUACUAUAAUUGGCCAGGGACUAAGUUGUACCAUUCCUUGAACAAACUUAUAUUCGCUCGCGAUAAGAUGUCGAUGGCUCAUCUACAAGAUGGGAACAAAAGGAACAGCUUCAGCAUAGUAUGCUAUCUUAACUGCCACUGUACCUAUCAACCAGAUGAACUAAUUUGAAGAAUGCAGGCCACUGAAAAAAAUUAAGCCUCUGUAACAUAGGGAGUCUCAGUGAUGAACCUUUGUGUGUUCUCGAUUUUUAUUUUGAGAGUGUUGUUUAUUUGAAAUGACAGUGGAGUUCUUGCUCCUCCCCAAUGCCAAACUCCUCAUGUAACUGUAUGCUAGUCUCUGUAACUGCUUGAUGCUGUGAUAAUAUAUGUUCAGGCCGGCGUAAGCCCGCGGUUGUGAUAA